AUGCGCUCUCUAUCAUUCCUCUCCAUCGCCCUCCUCUCUCCGUUGCUGGCCAACGCCCAACUCUCUGGCCACGUAGGCCCCUUAAGCUCUUCCAGCUCCAAGGCGAGCAUCAAGACCUGCAAUGUCCAAGAGUAUGGUGCGGUAGCCGACAAGGAAACCGAUAUUGGCCCUGCCAUCGAAAAAGCAUGGGACGACUGCGUCGCUGGCGGUGUAGUCUACAUCCCAUCAGGCGAGUACGCGAUGUCGACCUGGCUGAAACUGUCUGGCGGUAAAGCCAACGCGAUCCAGCUAGACGGCAUCAUCUAUCGUACUGGAAUGGACGGGGGCAACAUGUUCAUGAUCGAGCAUACGUCGGACUUUGAAUUCUUCAGCAGCACGUCCAAGGGAGCGAUCCAGGGACUGGGGUAUGAGUUCCAUAAAGAAGGGAAUUUGAAAGGGCCUCGCUUGUUGCGGUUCUACGAUGUCACGGAUUUCUCGGUGCAUGAUAUUGCGCUGGUUGAUGCGCCGGCUUUUCAUCUUUCCUUGGAUACAUGUACGAAUGCAGAGGUUUAUAACAUGGCCGUUCGGGGCGGAGAUUCUGGGGGAUUGGAUGGCAUUGAUGUUUGGAGUAACAAUGCCUGGGUCCAUGAUGUUGAAGUGACGAACAAAGAUGAAUGUAUCACGGUUAAGAGCCCUGCAAAGAACAUCCUAGUCGAGAAUAUCUAUUGUAACUGGAGUGGAGGUUGUGCGAUGGGAUCGCUGGGAGCCGACACAAAUAUCAGCGACGUGGUCUAUCGCAACGUCUACACCUGGAACUCCAACCAAAUGUACAUGAUAAAGAGCAACGGUGGCAGUGGAACGGUGUCGAACAUGGUGUUGGAAAAUUUUAUUGGUCACGGCAACGCCUACUCCCUGGACAUUGACGGUCAAUGGAGCAGUAUGAAGACGGUCAGUGGAGACGGUGUGCGGCUGAAUAACAUCACCGUGCGUAACUGGAAAGGCACCGAGGAAAAUGGUGCACAAAGAGGGCCGAUCAAGGUUGUGUGCGCUGCUAAGGCCCCUUGUACUGAUAUUACCAUCGAUGAUUUUGCGAUGUGGACGGAAUCGGGCAAGUCGCAGAGCUACACCUGCGAGAAUGGGUUUGGAACGGGAUUCUGUCUGCAGGAAGGGGAUGGAACGUCUACAUAUAGCACUGCUAUCACAGAGACCGCUGCUCCGACAGGGUAUGAUGUGAGUAGCAUGCCGAAUAAUUUGAAAACCGCAUUCGGAACGGCCGCGUCUAUCCCGAUCCCGACUAUUCCCACAUCGUUCUUCCCUGGAGCCACGCCCUACAGCGCCUUGGCGGGGGCAGCCUCAGGCAGUGCCACCCCCGCAGCAGCCUGA